AUGGUCCGACUUCUUCUGUCGAGCGACACGGACGCUGUCAUUGAGAAGGAUGAACUGAUGUUAGAGUUUAUCAGAGGCGAGGUCUUAGAGAAGUUCCCUUCGCCGCGAAUUUUGAACACGCAUUGCUUUGUUGAGCAGCUGCCACGUGGUGUGUUUGAGAAGAAGUGCAAAAUAAUCUACAUCCUCCGAAACCCCAAGGACACGACUGUGUCGCUGUUCAACCACCACAAGAAACUGAUAUUCGACUUCGGGGCGUUUUUCGACUACAUGAAGGACUGGACAGCGGUUAGGAAAACUCACCCCGAGUUGCCGACCUUGACCUUAAUGUAUGAAGAUUUGAAAGAGGAUCCACUAACCGGCAUUAGGAAGUUAGCAAAGAUUUUGAAUGUUGAAAAAUCAGAGGAAAUCUACCACAAAGUAAAAGAGUUGACGAGUUUCAACAAAAUGAAAGAAGAGGAGGGCAAAUUCUCUAAAGCACUGACGGUUCUGCUGUUAUGUGAAGUUGGCGACUGGAAAAAUUACUUCACCGUGGCCCAGAACGAGGCUUUUGACAGACUAUACAAGGAAAACAUGGUUGACUCUGGAUCGUUUACCACAUACCUGAAGGACUGGGCUGCAAUUAGGACGAACCAUCCCGAGGUGCCGACUCUGACCUUGGUGUAUGAAGAUCUAAAAGAGGAUCCACUUGCCGGUAUUAGAAAGUUAGCUAAGUUUCUGAAUGCUGAGAAAUCAGAGGAAUUCUACCUAAAAGUAAAAGAGUUGACAAGUUUCAACAAAAUGAAGGAAAAGAAAGGAAGCUUAGUCACAGCACCUGACGGUUCACCUGUUAUGUACAGAAAAGGUGAAGUUGACGACUGGAAAAAUUACUUCACCGUAGCCCAGAACGAGGCUUUUGACAGACUAUACAAGGAAAACAUGGCUGGCUGUGACAUAAACUUUAGAUAGACGCUGAAGUAAGGAACGAAGGCAAAGGCGUCAGAUGGGAAAUGUAUACCCAUGCCGAUAGGAGAACAAGAACACAUUACU